AUGGCGGAGAUUGCGUCGUCCAUGGCCGUGGGCACGCACCUCUUCGUUUGCUCGGAGACGGAGGUCUGGCAGGAGGCCGUCGUCGACAGCAUUAGCGAUGGAAAGGUCUUCGUCCGCGUCAAGGGAGCGCAGCCCGGCGAGCUCGUGGAGCUGAAGGCCGGAAAUAAGUUCCACCCUCACACCGAAGAUCGCUUCAACACACCAAGUGGAUACCCCGAUGACCUCUGUAACUUGACGUAUUUGCACGAGGCGUCGGUGCUGCACGCGCUGGACUGCCGUUUCGCCGUCGACGACAUUUACACCCUGACCGGGAAGAUUCUCAUCGCCGUAAACCCUUUCAAAUCCAUAAAGGGCCUCUACGACGAUGAGACUAUCGUCCGGUACCUCGAGAUGUGCGACCAUGGGGUCCCGCACGUGUUCGGAGUCGCCAGGGAUGCCUACAAUAACAUGACCAAGAAUGAGCAGUCCCAGACAAUCCUCAUCAGCGGCGAGUCCGGCGCCGGGAAGACCGAGUCCACCAAAUUUGCAAUGAAGUUCCUGGCUAUCGCAGGCGCAGAAAGUAUGGAAAAGAAGUCCCCAGCUGAGGUGAAGGUGCUUGAAUCCAACCCGCUGCUCGAGUCCUUCGGUAACGCCUCAACUGUGAGGAACGCCAACAGCUCGAGGUUCGGCAAGUUCAUCGAGCUGCAGUACCGCAAGGAGAGCCCUAUCAAAGCCAGGCUGGUGGGCGCCCGAAUCGAAACCUACCUGCUGGAGAAGGUCCGCAUUUGCCAGCAGCAGGAUGGGGAGCGCAACUACCACAUUUUCCACCAGCUGACCGCAGCAGCCAAUCGCGGCGAGAAAUACCAGUUCGCUCAACCAGAUGCAUCGGGAGAUGAAUCAGGCACGCCAUGGGAGUUUGACUUGUCCACGUUCCGUGGCAAUUUCCGGAUCGUGCCGCCAGACUCCGAGAGGGACUUCGACUUGCCCACCUUCGACGAAACGCUUGCAGCUCUGCGCACCGUCGGCUUCACGUACGAGCAGGUGUCUGUCGUGUUCGACAUUGUGGCUACCGUCCUCCACCUUAGCAAUAUCGAGUUCGUGGAGAAAGGCAGUGAGGGCGCCAUGAUCAGCAACAUGGAGGCCGGGCACUGCCAGACGGUGACCACACUGCUGAACGUCGACAACGUCUCUCUGAUGAACGCGCUGAUGACCCGUACCAUCAAGACCGCGAACGAAAUGUACACCAAACCGCUGCGUGUCGAGGAGGCCUGCGACGUCAGGGACGCCAUCGCCAAGAACGUGUACAGCAUGCUCUUCGAUCACCUCGUAGAGCGAAUCAACGAAUCAAUCGGUUACGUUCCCGAUGCGAAUCUGACCACGGGCAUUCUGGAUAUUUUCGGUUUCGAGUGCUUCAAGUUCAACUCGUUCGAGCAGCUGUGCAUCAACUUCACGAAUGAGACGUUGCAGAACUUCUUCAACAACUUCGUGUUCCGCUGCGAGGAGGAGCUGUACUCUGCAGAAGGCAUCUCGUGGAACGCCCUUGACUUCCCCGACAACUCCGAUUGUGUCGAUCUGUUCAAGAGCCGUCCCUACGGUCUGUUUGCCAUGAUCGACGAGGAGUGCAACCUACCUGGCGGGCGUGACCAAUCGCUGUGCAACAAAAUCGUGCAGCGCCAUUCCAACAACGCAAGAUUCGCAAAGGUGAAGCUGGACCAGAGCAGCUUCGUGGUCAACCACUUCGCUGGCGCCGUGCAGUACAAAAUCGAUGGCUUCAUGGACAAGAACAAAGACCAGCUUUCCAACGACGCAGUCUCGUUCAUCCUGUCGACAAAGAUCGACAACAUGCGUAGCAUAUUCCAGUCGUACAUCGACAAAAAGGCCACCGCCGUCCGCCCCGGUGGCCGGGCGGGUGGUGUCACCAAGCAGAAGACCAUCUGCACCCAAUUCUCGGGACAACUUGACUCCCUCAUGACAAAGAUCGGGGCCACCAGCCCACACUUCAUCAGGUGCAUAAAACCCAGCCCAGAGUGCCGCCCGAACCACUUCAACCGGAAAGUUGUGGAUUCGCAGCUGCGUUGCAGUGGUAUGCUCCAGGUGGUCCAGGUGUCACGUGCCGGUUACCCGGUUCGUUUCCCGCACGCCGAGCUGUUCAACAGCUUCCGCUACCUGCUGGAGGCGAAGGAGGCCGAUUCCGCCAUGCAGAUCGCCGACAAGCGCAAGCUGGGCGAAUUCGUGCUCAACAUCCUCGUCACCCGGUACAUGACCUCGAAACCACCCGAGGAGGGCUCACUCGCGGUCGGAAAAACUCUUAUCUUCAUGAAGAACGGCCCCUACGAACAGGUCUGCCUCGCCAUGCAGGGCCUGCGUAACCGCAGCGCCAUAAAAAUCCAGGCACGCGUUCGUUGCAACAUCCAGCGCAAGCGCUACCUGGAGGCGCUGUGGAGCAUCCGAACCUUCCAGAUCUGGGUCCGCUACAAGAUCAAGAAGCUGCAGCGCCAGCGGGCGAUCCGCACCCAGGCGAUCAUGCUCAUCCAGAGCAUGUACCGCAUGUACGUGGAGCGCAAGCUCAUGCGCGAGCUGAGGGAGAAGGUGGCAAGGCUGCAGUCGCUGUGGCGUUCCGUGAAUUCGCGCGUACAAACCGAGGAAAAGCGCAUCCAUACCAUGGCCACCAAGCUGCAAGCCGCUUGGAAAGGAUACAAAUGUCGGUGCUACUACCUGGAGCUGCGCAGCGCCACCAUCAAGGCUCAGCUGCGGUGGCGGUCGAUCUGCGCCCGUAGGACGCUACGCUCGCUGCGCAUGGAAGCGAAGGAUCUCGGCAACGUGAUCAAGCGCGCCCAGGUGCUCGAGGAAGAUCUGAAGAAGGAGAAGGCCAUGCGUGCGGACGCGGAGGCGCGGGUGCUGCAACUCACUGCCAAGCUAUCCACCAUUGAGAAAUCGCUUGAGGAGCUGAGAGGCCAGGUCGACACGCUCACCAAGGAGCGCGACGGGCUUGCGGGGCGCUUGCACGAGGCGGAAACUAACACGCAGAAAGCACAAACUGACCUCCGUAUGAUAAAGGAAUUCGUCAGCAAGGAAGCUGUGUCGGGCAACCAAUCCGACUGGCUGAGCAACGUGCUCGGUGGCCAGGGAGUUGAAAGGGCGACAGGCGACACCAGCGCGGCUGCCGCCGCUUCACGCACUGGAAGCAUGAAGUUAGAAAGGCACUCCAGCCGGUCGUUGCACUCGCCACCAGGCGUACGCACGAAGUCCAUCGAGCAUGGUGCUGACAUCGUGCUUUGCGGCCCACCCGGCUGCGGUAAGACGCGCCUGCUGGAGAUGGCGCUGAUCAAGAAGGGCGAUGACAAGAACCUGCAGCUGCUGCGCAACGUUGAUGAGGCGCGGUCACGCAAACGCAGGAUGGCACCAACGGCCUUCGAGUUCACCGUCAGCCCAGGUCACUCGAUCUCAGUGACGGAAAUUCCUGGGUCAUACUUUGACUCCGACGAUGCCCGCACAAUCCUGCGUAACGCCCAUCUUGUGGCGAUAUGCUUCGACCCCGGCAACCAACAAACCUAUGAUGACGCCAGGGUGAUCGUGAAACUGCUGAAGCAGCUGGUGGACUGCAAGAACACCAGGAUAUGCCUCGUGCAGAACGACUACAUCAUUCUGGAGUCAGCACGACCAAUCGUGUGCGACAUCAACCAGGUGCAGACCUUCGCCGUGGAGAACGACCUGCUGUACAUGCGUAUCCGCGACCUGAUGGAGUUCGUGGAGCAGGUGACGGGGUACGUUGAGAGCAAGAGAGGGCAACGCGCAGCUGGCGCCGGCGAUGCGUCAAGAUCUGGCAGAACGCCAAACAGGGGCGCAUUGUCGCUGUUCUACGAGAAGUUCCGCAACUUCUGGGCGGGAGUCAACUACUCCGGAUUCCAGAACAAACUCUUGGUUCCCACCCUAGUGGCACAGGAGGGCUACAAGCUACCACCGCUGUCGUUGAAACGUGUAGCUAACGUCAACAACUACACGGCGGCAGUGACGUGCCUGGCGUUCCGCCCCGAGGACCCCAGCGACGCCUACAUAGUGCUCGCCGUCGGUCGUCGCGACGGUUCUAUAAACCUGUACCACUGCUUCCGUACGGAGACGGAGUUGCGUGCUCUGAAUUCCGGCAACUUCGACGAGUCAGCGCCGCACCCUGUUGACGACAACGUGCUGAUCACGGAGUCGUUCACGCUUGCGAUCCACGACAAGGCAGUGACGUGUAUGUGCUUCUCCAAGGUAGAGGUCAACGAGCUGGUGACUACUUCCGUCGAUUGCACCAUCCGUGCCUGGAACGUGAUGAGCGGCCAGCUGAUCAAGGUCUUCAACGACUCCGACCCGGGUCUGGCGGUCAUGUUCCACCCCGUGGACCCCACCCUCUUCAUCUGCUGCAACGCCAACCCUACCAUGAGGAUCAUCCACUACAACCAGGGCACCGUGCUGCAGAAGAUUCGCACCAAGAGCGAGCUGCGCUGCCUCGUCUUCGACGACACGCGGUUCAACUGUAUUGCCGGCAACGAGCGUGGCGCCAUCUGCAUAUACGAGGCGCAGGCUGAUUUGCACCUGAAGCUGUCAACGACCAAAUCGAUAUCGCGAGGCCCAGUUACUUGCGUCAACUUCGUGCCGUCAUCGUCUCCUGACGUGCCGCCCUGCAUCAUCGCCAACGUGUGCAGUGGCCAGAUCACUAUCCUGAACUGCGUGUACGAUGGCUCCUCCGGGAAGAUCGCCGAGAUCACCUACCGCUACACCGUCAACAACGCGCACGUCGCAUUGCCAGUACGCUCGUGCUACUCGCGCUUCGGUGGCGGCUGGUGCAUCUCUGGAUCCGAGGAUCGCAACCUGCUGAUCUUCUCGUUGCUCGAGGAGAACAUGCCGUACACCAUCUCCUUCCACCAGGGACCGGUGGUGGCAGUGGCUGUCAACCGUCUGGACACUCUGUUGGUCACUUCGGACUCAAAGGGUUCGGUGGCCUUCUGGCGCCGCAUUCUAGUCUCCAGCAAGGCUUGA